AUGCAACCUUCUACCAAUACACAGAAGGAUGGGGGCCCCGGUACCCAAGUUCAUGAGGACGGGGCCCCUGAGGGGCCCCCCACUACUGCAGGAGGGGCUUUCUAUUCAGGGGGCCCCCAGGGGGCCCCCGAAGAUGAGGGUACCGAGGGGGAGGGGGGGGGGCCCCCCUGGCAGCAGCAGGAAGUGAGGGGCCCCCCAGCUGCGUCGCCUUCGCCGACAGCUCGCCAUGAGGGGCCCCCCCUGGACCUCUCCCCCUGCAGCAGCAGGAGCAGCAGCAGCAGCGACAAAGCAGCACCUCUGGGGGCCCCUGGAGACAAUGCUGGUGGUGUUGGGGGCCCCCCCCCCUCUGAGUUCACCCAGUACGGGGGCCCCUCUGCCGAGGGGCCCCCGCCGGCUCCACAGGAGCAGCAGCAGAUAUCCCUUGCAGCGGCAACAGCAGCAGCAGCAGCAGCAGCAGCAGGGGCAGCAGCAGCAGCAGGGGGCCCCUUAUUUUCUUCUCUGUCCCCUCAUGGGCGCCGCAGAGAGGGGGCCCCCUCCUCCUCUAUCCGAGGGCCCCCUGCCUUCUCCCUAUUUCCUGUGGGGCCCCCAGUACCCAGUACAGAAAAGGGUACAGGGGGGGGGCCCCCCUCGCCUACUGCGGGGGGGCCCCCCGAACUCGAUGAUGUAGACCCUUGGAAUCUCGCUGCCCCCUCUCAGCAGCAGCAGCAGCAGCAGCAGCAGCAGCAGCAGCAGCAGCGGACGUUCCUGGGGGGGUCCCGUGCGUUAGGUGUUGCCGCAAAGGUGUUUCCCUGGGGGCCCCCCAUGGGGCCCCUCAAGGGGCCCCCAAAGGGUACCCACUUGGGGCCCCCUGAACAGCAGCAGCUGCAGCAGCUGCAGCAGCUGAUAGACGCACAGCAACUACAGGCAGGUGGGACCCUCGGGGGCCCCCCAGAGACAGGGGGAGGCCCCCCAGAGACAGGGGGGGGCCCCCCAGAGACAGCGGGGGGCCCCGCAGAGACAAACGCUUUGGGUCUAGAGACAGGGGGCCCCCUAGAGACAGGGGCCCCCAUAGAGACAGGGGGCCCUCCAGAGACCGGGGGCCCCCCAGAGACAGGGGGCCCCCCAGAGACAGGGGCCCCCCCAGAGACAGGGGGGCCCCCAGAGACAGGGGGGCCCCCAGAGACAGGGGGGCCCCGGGGGACAGGGGGCCCCCCAGGGACAGGGGGGGGCCCCCCAGAGACAGGGGGCCCCUACCGCUUCGCUUUGAUGGCAGCAGCCACCAACGCCGACUUCAGCAACAGCAACAGCAGCAGCAGCAGCAGCAGCAGCAGCAGCAGCAGCACAAGCGGGAGACACCACCGUACCGAAGGGACGGGGGGAGAGGCAGCUACCCUAACAGAGACAGGGGGCCCCCAACAGCAAGCAACGCGAGGGGGCCCCCCUACAGUGCUGCAGCGGGGGGCCCCCCUAGAUGCAGCACACAGAGGAGACACAGAGACAGCCGCUCCCCCUUUCGUAUGCGGGCCUACAGGCGCAGCAGCAGCAGCAGCAGCAGACGCAGACAGAGGAACCGCAGCAGCAGCAGCAGCAGCAGCAGCAGGAGAAGGAGACACAACGAAAGGCGCAGACGAUCCUGCAGCAGCAGCAGCAGCAACAGCAGCAACAGCAGCAGCAGCAGAAGCAGAAGCCAUGCAGCACAGCCAAUGCGAGGCAGCAGCAAAUAUAGAAGCAGAAGCAGCCGCCGGCGUCGCAGCAGCAGCAGCAGCAGCAGCAGACGCAGCAGCAGCAGCAGCAGAAGCAGCAGCAGGGGACCAAGACACAGACAAGAGAGACAGCCGGGGCACCCCUCCAGCAGCAACAGGUGGCCCCGCAGCAGCAGCAGCAGCAGCAGCAGCAGCAGACGCAGACGCAGCAGCAGCAGACACAGCAGCAGCAGCAGCAGAUCGGUGCCCCUCUGCUUCCAACGGAGACGCCUUCUCGCCAGCAAACGCCCUCCACCCAAACCACAGCAGCAGCAGCAGCAGCAGCAGCAGCGGGAGCAGCAGCAGCAGCAGCGGGAGCAGCAGCAGCAGCGGGAGCAGCAGCAGCAGCAGCAGCAGCAGCGGGAGCAGCGGGAGCAGCGGGAGCAGCAGCAGCAGCAGCGGGAGCAGCAGCAGCAGCGGGAGCAGCAGCAGCAGCGCGAACGCAUGCGCAGCAGAAGAACACCCUGGGACUCGGGGGGCCCCCAAAGUGGGUACUGGGGGCCCCCAAGGAGACGGCCUGAAGGCGAAGGUAUACAUAAGAGAAACAGCGGCAGCAGCAGCAGCAGCAGCAGCAACAGACGCAGACACAACAGACAAAGAAACAGGCGCAGCAGCAGCAGAAGCAGAAGCAGCAAUGGCAGCAGCAGCAGCAGCAGCAGACACAGGUGCUGCAGGGAACCGAAGACAGCCAACAGAGAGAGGCGGAAAGAGACAGAUGCAGCAGCAACAACAGCAGCAGCAGCAGCAGCAGCAGCAGGAGCUGCAGCAGCAGCAACAGCCGCAACAGCAGAAGCAGAGGAUAAACGCGUAG